AUGAGCAGCUACAGCAGCUACGUCGCCCACGGCGGCAGCCGCAAUGGGGGCUCGCCGUACACCAGCAAUAUUGUCGAUCCCUAUGCUCGAAACCUUUCCAGUCACUUCGAGUACAUCGAUGCCGAUCAGGGCAUGCUGCAAGACUCCCAUCGCCAUUCAACAUAUCGACAAAAUGACACGCAACCCGCCGAAGAGUCCGAUGCCCCCGAUGUCAUCCUCGUGCGCUAUAUGGCGUCAAUAAUCCCCGUGGAAUUCCCCGCAUAUUCUAUCAGCGAAGAGACUGCGUAUGUUGGACAGCUGCGGGAGGCAGUCGCCCGAUUUCUCGGGACUGAUCCACGCAAGGUCAGGCUUGUCUACAAGAAACGCGAUCUCAGACAUGAUUCGUGGCCACUGAGAAGAUACAACAUGAAACAGAAUAGCGAGGUGGCAGCCAUCAAGACCGAAGGCUAUCUGGAUUACAGUGACAGAGAUAGCCAUUCGUCGAGCGGCGAAGAAAUUCCAGAAACAAACCCUCGGCGACGGCCCCGAGCACCCUCUUCCGUUCGCCACCGUAGCGACGAACAGCUGCCUCGAACGCACCAGGCUCCCUCUACAUCUUCAAGUUUCCUUCAUCCUAAUGGCCAUCUUUCGGCCGGAACGGCUUCGGAACGACAAUCUCGCGGCAACCUGAAGCCCGAGUCUGAUGAUCGAGCCCCAAUCCGACGGGAGCCGUCCCGGACAAGAGGCACUUCACCUCAUCCUGCACCAUCUCAAACAGCGCCGUCUCGUCCCACGACGUCGUCAGUCCCUAUUCCCACCUCAGUGCCCAGAGUGGACCCCAAUACACCGAUGGGAAAGCUGCAAGUUCUCUCAGACACGUUCCACGAGCAAUGGCUGCCACUUUGUCGCAGGUUCAUCAACAAUCCGCCUUCAUCUUCUCAGGAGCGAGAGAAAGAGCACCGAAGAUUGAGCGAGAGCGUCAUGACGCACGUGAUAUUAAAGGCAGAUGCAAUCGAAGUGGACUCAACGGACGCCCGAGGUUUCAGGAAAGCCCUUCUUAACGAGGUUAACGACACGAUGAAGAAGAUAGACGCGCUGGCCAGGGCGUAA